GGUUGAACCACCAAGAUCCGCAUGGAAGUCGUCGAGGUGCUCAGCUUUGCCACGGCCCGCGCCCCGGAGCUCGGCGAGCUGCACCGCGCAAGUGGCUUCGAGAAGCAUGGCCACGCUACGCUCCUCAAGCGCCGCAAAGACUUUCAUCUUCGGCGCCGGACCAACGCCUACAACUCGCACAAGUUUCCCGUGCGGCUGCGUAACAAGAAGCGACAGACAACGGACCCGAGUGUCCAGCGCUGCCGAAAGCAUCGGCGCCGACUGCUGCUCAAGGCCAAGACGAACUACCUCCCGACGCACCGCUGGCUCGUCAAGCGCUUCGUCAUGGAGCAUCGGUAUGGCCUCCUCGUGCCCGUGCACCGACUGGACCGAAGCAUCUCGGCGGCGCUGGACGCUCCGGCAACAAUUGCCGACGUCUCGUACACUGCAGUCAUCGAGCUCCAAGGGUCACUCGAUGCGAUUGAGGAGGCUAUCACCAUGUGCAUGGAUGGCGACCUUUUGCCCGAGGUGCUGGCCGGCGCGAUCGAAGGCAGCGUCGUGCUCUACCAUCCGUCGUGCUUUCCGCUUCAAGCCAUCGGGCCUGUCCAGCUCAUGCUUCAGCCUCAAGCAGACGACACGUCGCGGAUCUGCUGGGUGUGGGUGCACCCGAGUAUCGUGGACGAAGUGCUCCACGCGUUUCGCGAAGCCGCACCCGACGGGCUAAGCAUCCACGAUCGCCGACGCAUGCUGUCUCGGUUCGAGGUUCGGGGCAAGCACGCUGGCCGCAUCAUGCAGCAGCUCGUUGUGCCGCACGGAACGUCGACCGCCCUUUUCUGGCCCAAAGACGAAGCGACGCCUGUGAUUCAGACAUGGAGCGCCUGCGACCCGCGCGAGUUGCCGCUUCGCCAGCCGCUUGUCGCUACGAGCGCGAGCCUCGUUGCGACGCCGGCGGACGUCGACAAAUCCAAGGUGCUGUGCCCGAUCACGGGCCAAGAUAUCACCGCGCCCAUGGACCGCGCGGCGCUGGCGGCCGAGCCGUCGCUCGAAGCACUCUCGACGCUCUUUGCGUCUGUUAUGCGCUGGGCGAACGCUGGCAACCAAGACACCAAGUACGGCGACGUCUUUCCUGACAGUUCAAACGCGAAAAAGAAGCCCAAUAAGCUUGCAGUGGCCACGGAGGUUGGCGCGUCGGCGCCCGUGUCGGGCCUUUGGAGCCACGAAACUCGACUCGAGCUUCGGCGAGCGUUCGUGCCUGACCACAUUGUGAACCGCAAGCCCGCGACAGGCCGGGCUUUGGCGCCGAUGCCGCUUCUCGUUGUGCGGCAAGCCCACGGCUACGACCUCAUCACGCUGCCCGAGUACGCGCCGUGUGUGCUGAAGGCCGGCGUCUUUGCCACUGCUUCUGCGAUUGGCCUGGUCGAGCUCGAUGCGCUACGGACACGGCACGGUCUUCUAAGCUUUCCUCGGGACUACCCCGACACGCGUGCGGGUGCAGCGUAUUGGGCGUCGGUGCAUGCCUCGGAGGAGGCCAAGGUAGCGAGCCGCCCAAAAGCCAAGCGCGUUUCGUACGAGUCUCUGCAAGUCGCGUCACCUUUCCAGCCGUCGUGGUCGACGCUUUUUGAGCUCACAGACGCGUCGCCCGACUUUUGCGUACUCCGUGGCGAGGCGUACAUGGCGCCCUUCCCGUUUUACAAGCCAGCGGAUCCUGCGACGGAAGACCGCGUGUUCAUGCCCAUGGCCAUGCCGACGCUUAUCUGCGUUCAGCUGCAGAUGCCGCGGCGCGGCCGCCUCGAAGUCAAUGCGAUGAUUUGCAUGCCCACGGACGACGACGUGGCGGCAUUUGUCGCAAGCCCCAAGUGGACUGGGUUCCUGGCGCCAACGGCCAAGCAGCAGCAAAAGUCGACCAAAACCCAAGCGGGUCGCGCGUGCAUUGGCUAUGUGACGUCGGCGAUUGAAACCAAGAACAAGAGCCCGAUCCUGGGCACUGGCUUUUGCCACUGCGAAGCUCUCCAAGAUGUGUUUUUGCCGCGCGUCGCCAACGCGCCACUGGGUCUCGUCCUUGUGCGAAGCCCGACGUCGCUGCAGUAUCGACCGGCACUGCUCUCCGUCGCUGCGUAAACCGCUGUCUCGAUGGCUUCGUCGGUAUCAAAGUUUAUCAUGAAUACCACAAAAUACAUUUGUCACCAUGUGGGAUCUCAAGCCGCCACAUCAGACGAGC